CAACCGAUAGGAUUUUGUCAACGUCACUGGAAGGAUUUUCGCAUGGUCUCAACAGGACUGCCAGCAGUGGGUAAUAUAAAGCCGAACACCGGUUCACCGGCGUUUGUAGAAAUUGAUCACCACGAAUACGAACAGAAGGAUGUCCACAGCGGCUUACUCAGAGAAGAUCACGAUGGGGCCCCUGGUGGCAGCUAUCGAUCAAGGCACAAGCUCGACGAGGUUUCUGGUGUUCAAUUCUAAAACGGCAGAGCUGCUUAGUCAUCACCAGGUUGGGAUAAAGCAGAGUUUCCCUAAAGAGGGCUGGGUAGAAGAAGACCCUAAGGAGAUUCUUCAGUCAGUCUAUGAGUGUAUGGAGAGGACCUGUGAGAAGCUCGGCCAGCUCAACAUAGACAUCUCCAACAUUAAAGCUGUCGGCGUGACCAAUCAGAGAGAGACUACGCUGGUUUGGGACAAAGAGACAGGGGAACCGCUCUACAAUGCCAUUGUUUGGCUGGACCUGCGUACACAGUCCACAGUGGAGAGGCUGAUCAACAGCACUCCGGGAAAGAACAAGAACCAUUUGAAGCACAAGACCGGUCUGCCCAUCAGUACAUACUUCAGUGCUGUGAAGCUGCGUUGGCUCAUGGAUAACGUAGAGGAGGUCGCUGAGGCUAUCCUGACAAACAGAGCCAUGUUCGGCACUGUCGACUCCUGGCUUAUCUGGUGUCUGACAGGCGGGAAGAGUGGAGGGGUGCACGUCACAGAUGUGACCAACGCAAGUCGCACCAUGCUCUUCAAUAUACACACCCUGGACUGGGACCCCGAGCUCUGCAAAUAUUUUGAUGUCCCAAUGGAAAUUCUACCCCAAGUGAAGAGCUCUUCAGAAAUAUACGGUUCAAUGAACUCUGGUUCUCUGGCAGGAGUUCCCAUCUCCGGGUGUCUCGGGGACCAGUCCGCUGCUCUGGUUGGUCAAAUGUGCUUCCAGGAUGGACAGGCUAAAAACACGUACGGAACUGGCUGCUUCCUGCUGAGAAACACAGGGAUCAAGCCAGUGAUGUCAGAUCACGGCCUCCUGACCACACUGGCCUACAAACUGGGGAAGGACGCACCAGCCUACUACGCUCUCGAGGGGUCGGUGGCCAUAGCUGGGGCGGUGGUACGCUGGCUGAAGGACAACCUGGGGAUCAUCCAGUCCUCCGCAGAGAUCGAGAAGCUGGCAGGCGAUGUGGGCUCGUCCUAUGGAUGUUACUUUGUUCCUGCCUUCUCCGGACUGUACGCCCCCUACUGGGAGCCCAGUGCAAGAGGUAUCAUCUGUGGCCUGACUCAGUUCACUAACAGAUCUCACCUGGCCUUCGCUGCGCUGGAGGCAGUCUGUUUUCAGACUAGAGAGGUAAGCCUGACUCAGUUCACUAACAGAUCUCACCUGGCCUUCGCUGCGCUGGAGGCAGUCUGUUUUCAGACUAGAGAGAUCCUGGAGGCAAUGAAUCAGGAUUAUGGGGUUCCUUUGAGCCAGCUCCAGGUGGAUGGAGGUAUGACCUCCAACAGACUACUGAUGCAGCUCCAAGCUGAUGUCCUCUGCAUCCCUGUGGUGAAGCCGUCCAUGUCGGAGACCACGGCUCUGGGUGCAGCCAUGGCAGCAGGCGCAGCAGAGGGGGUGGGUGUCUGGAGUCUGACCCCUGGUAACCUCACAACCAUCCCCACUGACAAAUACCAACCCAUGAUCAAUCUUGAGGAGAGUGAGUUCCGGUUCGCACGCUGGAAGAAGGCCGUCCAGAAGGCCAUGAAUUGGGAGACCACGGAGCCCAUCGGCAAUGGGAACGGUCCCAUCAGCAAUGGGAACGGUCCCAUCAGCAAUGGGAACGGUCCCAUCAGCAAUGGGAACGGUCCCAUCAGCAAUGGGAACGGUCCCAUCAGCAAUGGGAACGGUCCCAUCAGCAAUGGGAACGGUCCCAUCAGCAAUGGGAACGGACACCACUAGUAGGAUCUAAGCCAAUACUUGUAACCGUUGACGAUACAUAUGGAGUUGAAGAGAGGGGGAACAUACAGAAUGUAACACCCAUCCCUCCAUAGGUCCACAUAGCACCUACAUCUGAUGGCUGUUUGGGCAUGCUGUGGACUUCCUUCUCCCUGAGAGCAUUCCUAGUCCACAUCCGGUUGCCUCCUGUACAUGUACUCAGCCCCGUCCUCUUAGUCUCGUGGACAAGGACCCUACCUGUGAACCUUAUCUUGGAAGAAAGGCCCACAUAUCAAAAAGAUGGAAUCAAUUGAUGGAACUCUACUGUGUGACUGAACUGUGAUGGAAGAGACUGAUUCUCCUGUGGAAGGAAAAAAAAAAAAAACAUCCUAUCAUGUCUGGUUUUCUAUGAAUUUAUUAAGCAGAUAAUAUUUUAAUGUUUGUGUCAUAUGUUGUGCUUGGUCAUUUUAACAAAUGGUGACACUGUGCAUUUAAAAAAAUACGAAUUAAUUACACUGGUUAGUAAUAGCGCCACCAUUGAACAAGUGUUGUGAGAAUGUUGUAGGCUACAUAGCUAUAAUGUGGAAUGGAAAGCCUGCUGAGAUGGUUUGCUACUCUGAUGGUAGAUGUACCUAGUUGUAUGUGGGUCCACUUGAAGACUCUGAUCAUAGCUAUACCUAGCUACAUGGUGGGUCCACUUGAAGACUCUGAUCAUAGCUAUACCUAGCUACAUGGUGGGUCCACUUGAAGACUCUGAUCAUAGCUAUACCUAGCUACAUGGUGGGUCCACUUGAAGACUCUGAUCAUAGCUAUACCUAGCUACAUGGUGGGUCCACUUGAAGACUCUGAUCAUAGAUAUACCUAGCUACAUGGUGGGUCCACUUGAAGACUCUGAUCAUAGCUAUACCUAGCUACAUGGUGGGUCCACUUGAAGACUCUGAUCAUAGCUAUACCUAGCUACAUGGUGGGUCCACUUGAAGACUCUGAUCAUAGCUAUACCUAGCUACAUGGUGGGUCCACUUGAAGACUCUGAUCAUAGAUAUACCUAGCUACAUGGUGGGUCCACUUGAAGACUCUGAUCGUAGAUAUACCUAGCUACAUGGUGGGUCCACUUAAAGACUCUGAUCAUAGCUAUACCUAGCUACAUGGUGGGUCCACUUGAAGACUCUGAUCGUAGAUGUACCUAGCUACAUGGUGGGUCCACUUGAAGACUCUGAUCAUAGCUAUACCUAGCUACAUGGUGGGUCCACUUGAAGACUCUGAUCAUAGAUAUACCUAGCUACAUGGUGGGUCCACUUGAAGACUCUGAUCAUAGCUAUACCUAGCUACAUGGUGGGUCCACUUGAAGACUCUGAUCAUAGCUAUACCUAGCUACAUGGUGGGUCCACUUGAAGACUCUGAUCAUAGAUAUACCUAGCUACAUGGUGGGUCCACUUGAAGACUCUGAUCAUAGCUAUACCUAGCUACAUGGUGGGUCCACUUGAAGACUCUGAUCAUAGAUAUACCUAGCUACAUGGUGGGUCCACUUGAAGACUCUGAUCAUAGCUAUACCUAGCUACAUGGUGGGUCCACUUGAAGACUCUGAUCAUAGCUAUACCUAGCUACAUGGUGGGUCCACUUGAAGACUCUGAUCAUAGCUAUACCUAGCUACAUGGUGGGUCCACUUGAAGACUCUGAUCGUAGAUGUACCUAGCUACAUGGUGGGUCCACUUGAAGACUCUGAUCGUAGAUACACCUAGCUACAUGGUGGGUCCACUUGAAGACUCUGAUCAUAGCUAUACCUAGCUACAUGGUGGGUCCACUUGAAGACUCUGAUCAUAGCUAUACCUAGCUACAUGGUGGGUCCACUUGAAGACUCUGAUCAUAGAUAUACCUAGCUACAUGGUGGGUCCACUUGAAGACUCUGAUCGUAGAUAUACCUAGCUACAUGGUGGGUCCACUUGAAGACUCUGAUCAUAGAUAUACCUAGCUACAUGGUGGGUCCACUUGAAGGAACCUCUGAAUGAAAAGCAUCGCAGGGUCCUUACAGCAAUUUAAAAUGAUUGAUUUGCGUGUGGAGUGUAUGAUAUGAUGCUCUGGUUUUUAAAGGGACAUUUUUGUGUAUUUAAAAAAUAAAAUAAUUAAAUAACGAUACAUCUUUUUGAAAGGGAUCACCUUUGGAUAAUGAAAGGUCUGUGAAACACAUUUUCUUCUUAAGUUGUAAGUGGAAGUUUUAACUGGACGAUACGCUUCAUAAGACCUAUUUUCUGUUUUUCAGUCGUCGAGGACAAGUAUAUUACUUCCUAGUCAUUAUUGAUCAUGAAUUGUCUUGUCCUUAGAGCACUUUAUAAUGAUUGAUUUGCAUGUGGAGUUCAUGGUAUGGGUACAAUGCGCUAAUGUAAAUGCUUUUUUAAAAAUCAAUUAACAGUAAUGUUUUUUUGCAAGAGAUUUAUCAAUUGAUAAUGAAAGGGGGAUCAAUGUAAAGGCAAGAAAUAACUAAAAGUGACAGAGGAAUCUAAAUGAUAACUGUACAAGAUGGUUAUAAAUUUACUGAGAAAUUAUUUACAGGUCAGACUGUUGUGAAGAGGAAAUGAACCUGUCCAAAUGGCUACUUUUCAGUUGAUACAGAGAAGCAGGGUAUGGACCUUUUAUGUAUAAUGAUCGUAUCAUUUUUUUUGAACUAAUGUAACGUAUGUAAAAUCUAAUAUGAAAUCUAAAGCCCUCAUCCUUGGUAUGGAAAGAAAAGGACACUUAUCUUAGUAGUUUAAAAUGUUUUAAACUACACAGAUUUAAUUUUAAUUGUAUUUUUUUGUUAUGAUUUAAUGUUUGUAUUUGAUUUUUUUCCCCUUGUUUUUGUCUUUUCUUGCUAAAUGGGGUUGGGUGCCUCCGUUCUGUUGUGCAAAGAUGAAUGUGACAAUGCACAUUGCAAUAAAGUUUUACUUUUAAAAA